UUCCAUAAUGAAAGCUUAAUCCAGGAUAUACAAACACAUUUACAAUUAUGUUUUUCACAGCAUUAUUCCUAAGCAUGUUAAUAUUAUUCUAUUUAAACCACUGAAUAAACAAUUAUGAUAGAACCUGUUUGCAUUACUUUGAUGCACAACAAUUGUCACAUUUACUUACAUUCCUUGAGCUUGGAACUUCCCAUCAAGAGCAAUCAUGUAGGUUAAAGUUACAUAAACGUAAAAUUUUUUAAUCUUGUCUCAGUAAACUGUUCUGUAUAAACCCAAACUAGAGUUGCCAAAAGGUGAAACUCAUUAGCUUUAUAACUAGAGUCCCCUGAAAAAAAUGUAUUUACCUGCAACAUUUAUGCACUACAGUAUCCUUGAAAUUAAACUCUAUCUAAUCUCUAUCUACAGUAAUUGAAAAAAACUGCCCUACAUUUCUGAAAGUAAUAGAAUGGUAUAAUUAAGAAAGAGCUGAAACACUAACUUGUAAUUUAAUCAAAUAAGAACAAAUCUACAGUUUUAUUUAAUCACAUAAAAAUCUAUCUACACUUUUGAGUUAUAUAUUUGCAUCACCUCACAAACACUUUUAACAUCCAUUACUAAAUUUUCAACAUCCAUUAUAUUUUCAGGUAGUUGUGGCUUAUUAAAAAUUAAGUCUUGUAGUAUUGAAACACAUAAUUUUCUAAUGACAGAUAUACUGAGUAUGUAGUCACAUAUACUAACCCAAUUUAAUCAUGGUUUUUGAAUAAGCUGCAAAAGACUGGGUCACAUUUACCCCGAACCAGAUAAACCACAUUAUGUUUUAGCUUGAUGUAUGAUUCAUUGAGACUGCUAAAUUUCAAAUGAAUAGAAAUAAGACUAUUUCAUGAAUAAAUUAAUGGAAAGAGAUAGAGGAUAACAUUUAGAAGGCAGCCUUAUGCAUAUCGUUUCAUGAGGAACAAAUUAUCUGGAAAAGGUAACAAAGAAUUUUAUGGCAGUUUAAAAGCUAACUCAUUUAUUAAGGUACAGAUAUUUGCAGGUACAGUCCCAUUCAUCAACUGCAUGGAGUAGAGUGGCAUAGGGCCGGGUUAUUUACGGGACCGCCUACUGCCACCGAUUGCCUCCCACCGACCCGUACGCUCUCACAGAGAGGGACUCCUUAGGGUGCCAUCCGCAGGCAGUGCCAACUGGCGACACCCAGGGGAAGGGCUUUCUCUAUGGGGGCCCCCACCCUCUGGAACGAGCUUCCCCCAGGACUUUGCCAACUUUCUGACCUUCGAACCUUCCACCGCGAGCUUAAGACACAUCUAUUUAUUUAUGCAGGGCUGGCCUAGGGUUUUAGUUUUAAAUUUAGUUUUUAAAUGGGGUUUUAUACUAUUUUAACGACAGUUUUAAAUUUGGCCUAAUUUAAUAAGUUUUUUAAAUGUUGUUUUUAACUUGUAUUUACUCUUAUGUUUUUAUUAGGCUGUAAACCGCCCUGAGUCCUUUGGGAGAUAGGGCGGUAUAAAAAUUUGAAUAAUAAAUAAAUAAAUAAAUAAAUAAUAAGAAUCUUGAAAGAUGGAAGUUUGUGUGUGUGUGUGUAUACCUACAUUCAUAUAUUUUCUCCAUGGGGAUCUGUCCCCAACAUGGUCCUUCAGGCCUUUCCAUGGUGCUGCCAUUGCCACCGUGAGAGUGUGCAUUGUUCCUUUGGCUGCUGGUCUUUCUUGCCAUCUUUUUCCAGCAUUAGAACCUUCUCCAGAGACCUGGGUCUUUGCCUAAUGUGUCCAAAAUAAGAACCUAGUCCCUUGUACUUGAAGCCAGCACUCUGGAUUGAUUUGUCCAGUGAUAAUUUGUUUCCCCCCCCCUCCUUCACUAUCCAGGAAUUCUCAGAAAUCUUCCCCAACACGAAAGUUCAAAAGCGUCAAUGCUCUUUCUAUCCUUCCUCAAAUCUCUGUUAAAUCAAGCAAUCAUUCAAUGGGAGGGGUGGUGGGAGGAGGUUACAGCUGCUAGAAAUAGCAAGAUUGGGGAGAAAUCUUAACAGAAGAAAAUAUAGACCGAGCCUAAGCAUACUAAAAUAACUCAAAGUAAAACUAUCGGGUUGCAACCUUUAUUUAGUUAACUACUAACCAAGCUGAAGCAUCUACCGGCAUUUUCGGGGGUGGGGGUGAUCUAGGUAGGACAUUCCGGAGAACCUUUCUUUUGAAAUAAUAAUAAUAAUAAUAAUAAAACACCUCCAAUCGGAUCUCCCAUCUUAGGAGCCCACCAAAUGCAGUCAGUAGAGGUCGCCCGCCAACCGGACAGGUAAUCGAAGAGGCGAGGAGAAAUAAGUCGGGGCUGGUGGUCGUCAAUUAGGUUCCGGCCUGCCUUUUGCCGGAGCGGGAUCCUCCUGCCCGGAAGCUCCACCUUGUCCCGGGUGUGCGAGGGGAGGCGAGGGGUGGGGCCGGCUGUGGCGGCUGGGCUGGCUAAGAGGUUUCUGGAGCUUUUUCUGAACAGCAUGGAGUGAAAGCUGGUGCCAAGGCCGGAGUUGGCCGAAAAGGAAAUCAAACCGGUGCAGCGUUGACCGCGGAGAUGGCGAGGGGAGUCCUCCUCCUCCUCCUCCUGCUGCUUCUUGCAGUUGGGGCUCAAGCAAAGAUAUCUUUCACUAAAGAGCCAUAUUCUCAGGAUGCAUUGCAUGGUCGUAGUGCCAUUUUGCGCUGUGAAGUGAAAGACCCUAGAGACAUUGAAUUUGAGUGGUUACAGAAUGGGGAAUCUAUUCAGGACACUGAACGGCGUUUCAAGGAAGGGAGCAACCUUCAGUUUGCAUCUAUUGAUCGUCAGCAAGAUAGUGGGAAUUUCCAAUGUGUUGCCAGGAAUGUAGUUACUGGAGAAGAAGCUCGGACAACAAAUGCAUCUUUCAACAUAAAAUGGAUUGAAACAGGAAAAGUUGUCUUGAAGAAUCCUGUCAGAGUGGAGGAUAUACAAAGUUCCUCUCCAGUAACGUUGCAUUGUCAUAUUGAUGGGCACCCACGCCCAACAAGUCAGUGGUUCCGAGAUGGCUCCCAAAUUUCAGAUGAUCGCACAAUUUACUCAGUCAGUAAUAAGGAGCGGACACUGACCUUCAAGAGUGCCAGCCCAGAUGAAAAUGGCAUUUAUUACUGUUGUGCUCGGAAUGCUGUGGGCACUGUAUGCAGCCGAAACAACUUCACCCUCAGUAUUAUAGAUGAAAGUUUUCCCCACCCAGUGAUAGUUCCUGAGAACCAAAUUGUCAAUAAAAACGAGGAGGCUAUGUUCCAUUGCAAGUUCCAGGCUGUGCCACCGCCCACCCAAGAAUGGCUAUUUGAGGAUGACUCCCCAAUUCAAAAUCGGAGCAGGACCAUCAUAUUUUCCAAUGGCUCUUUACUAGUAACUCAGGUGAAACCACGCAGUGUUGGAGUCUAUAAAUGUGUUGGCCGUGGACAGAAAGGAAAACCUGUAGUCCUGGAGGCAACCCUACAACUAGCAGAAAUUGAAGAUUUUUCUCAAGUAUUUGACCCCAAAAUUGUCAUAGCCAAUAAAGAGCAACGUGUAACCUGUGUGGCUCCUCGUGGGAUCCCUGAACCCCAUAUUUGGUGGGAGAGAAACAAUGUUCGUAUCCCCACUACUGGGAGAGUUCACCAAGAAGCAGGGGACCUUGUCUUCACCACUAUUGUAGAAAAGGAUACCGGAAUAUAUACUUGCCAUGCGGUGAACAAGGCUGGAGAAAAAAAACAAGAUCUUUCCAUUACAGUAGCAACAAAGCCAGAAUGGAUGGAAAAGCCCAAGGACAGUCAGCUAGAGGAGAGUAAACCAGGAUACCUUCAUUGUCUCAGUAAAGCCUCUCUAAAGCCCACUGUCAACUGGUUUCGUAAUGGCAAUCCUAUUUCAGAGGAUUCCCGCUUUGAAAUUGCUGAGAAUGGGACACUGCGUAUUAACAGUGUGGAAGUGUACGAUGGAACAAUAUUCAAGUGUGUAAGCAGCACUCCAGCAGGAAGUAUUGAAGAACAAGUCCGUGUACAUGUUCUGGAAAAGCUGAAGUUUACUCCUCCUCCUCAACCCCUGCAGUGUGUUGAAUUUGAUAAAGAAGUCACUAUUUCCUGCUCAGCUACAGGGCGAGAAAAACCUGCAAUCCAUUGGAUUAAAACCGAUGGGAGAAAUCUGCCAGCCUGGGUCAGUAACAAUUCUGGAAACCUGCACUUUCAUAAAGUGACACGAAGUGAUGCUGGAAACUAUACAUGUAUUGCUUCCAAUGGUCCACAAGGAGAGAUCAGAGCAACAAUUCAACUUACUGUGGCAGUGUUUAUAAGCUUUAAACUGAGGCCAGAUGACACAACCGUAUAUCCAGGACACACAGCCAUGUUUCAGUGUCAAGCUGAGGGUGAUCCAUUGCCACAAAUCCAGUGGAAAGGAAAGGAUAAGAUUCUGGAUCAUGAUGAAUUUUCACCCAGGAUCCAAAUUAUGACCAAUGGCUCUCUAAUAAUAUAUGAUGUCACCACUGCGGAUUCUGGCAAGUAUACCUGCAUUGCCGGCAACAGUUGCAACAUCAAGCACCACGAGGCCUUUCUCCACGUUGUUGAUUUACCACUUACCAACACAGAGAAUAUGCCCAACAGUCACACCCCCUAUAAAAUGAUUCAGACCAUAGGACUAUCUGUUGGUGCUGCAGUAGCAUAUAUAAUAAUUGUGUUGGGCCUCAUGUUCUACUGCAAGAAGAGGAGGAAAGCAAAGAGAUUGAAGAAGCAGCCGGAAAGUGAAGAACCAGAGAUGGAAUGUCUGAAUGGGGGUACUUUGCUGCAAAAUGGACAGACUACUGCUGAGAUCCAAGAAGAGGUGGCUCUGACAAAUAUUGGCAGCAGCUCUGCAAUCAACAAGAGGCACAGUACUAGUGAUAAAAUUCACUUUUCUCGGUCUAGCCUGCAGACAAUCACUCCUCUGGGGAAAGGUGAAUUUGGAGAUGUUUUCCUGGCUAAGGCAAAAGGCAUUGAGGACAAUGACACUGAAGUGCUUGUCUUAGUCAAGAGUCUUCAGUCAAGGGAUGAACAACUACAGUUGGCCUUCAGGCAAGAAUCUGAGAUGUUUGGCAAACUGAAUCACAGCAACGUGGUGCGAUUGCUUGGCUUAUGUAGGGAAGCAGAGCCUCACUACAUGAUCUUGGAAUAUGUAGAUUUGGGAGAUUUGAAGCAGUUCCUGAGGAUUUCCAGAACUAAAGAUGAAAACCUCAAGCCCCAGCCCAUUAGCACAAAACAUAAGUUAUCUUUCUGCUGCCAAGUGGCACUGGGGAUGGAACAUCUCUCCAAUAGCAGAUUUCUUCACAAAGACUUGGCAGCUCGGAACUGCCUGGUCAGUGCACAAAGGCAGGUGAAGGUGACAAAACUAAGUCUCAGCAAAGAUGUUUACAACAGUGAAUACUACCACUAUCACCAAGCCUGGAUUCCACUUCGUUGGAUGCCCCCUGAAGCUGUCUUGGAGGAUGAAUUCUCCACAAAAUCUGACGUGUGGUCCUUCGGGGUGGUCAUGUGGGAAAUAUUUACAUUGGGGGAAUUGCCGCAUUCAUCAUUGGUGAAUGAAGAGGUGUUAGCAGGUUUACAGUCUGGGAAAAUGAAGCUUCCCCAUCCAGAGGGUUGUCCCUCCAAAUGUUACAAGUUGAUGCAGCGCUGUUGGGCUCAAAGCCCAAAGGACCGCCCAUCUUUCAGCGAAAUUGCUAACAUGCUUGGAGAAAGCCCAUCAGAAAGCAAGGCCUGAAUAGGAAAUGCCCACCCUAUUCAGAGGUUGGAUUGGGCUGAAAUCACAUUUUGGUGUUUUGACUGUUACAGAUUCUCAAUGGGACCUAACAGAACCAAAAGGGACCAAGAACUUUUACACUAGUGGAUGAAGGCUGUGGAUGUUUUCUUGAUCCGAGAUAUCUUCACCAGGCUGUGUUCUCUGUGCCUGGCCAGGCUGCAUUCCUCCAGGGUCUACCUCUGACUUCCACAGGACUAGAUAAAAACACCUUAGAAAUGAAGGGAAUGCUGGGAACAACCGUCUGAGGAUAAUUUCACAAGGAAAGCCUGUAACAUGUUUUUGGGACUUCUCUGUCUUGGCACAUUUAACCUUUUAUUUACUUUUCAAAUCCUUUCAUGGAAAAGCACAGACAGGUUACUUCUGGGAAAGGGUUUUGCUUUGGGGGUGGGGUGGGGGUGGGGAAGGGCACAUGCAAAGAAUCAUGCUGCUCAGUCAUUAAUAUUUUUUUUGGCAGGAGGCAUUAAGACGGCAACAGGGAAACAAAACUUGACAACGUCUGUUGUCGCUUUUGUAAUUUUUGCAAUAUCUGGCCAGAUCUUGUGAAGCAACCAAAAAUAGUGCUAUGCACAAUAGCAGCCCCAUUCCAACCUCAUCGAUUUUUUUGAUCCUGCAAUCGUUUCUCACUUGACUGGAACCAGAAAGGUCUGGAGUGCAAUUAUUUUCAUCUUGAAGAAAUCCAGUGACUUUUCCUUGAUCAUAUCCCUGCAAAGGAGAUAAGGAGAAUCUUUCUUGAGACAAGGAGGAACCUGCAUAUUUAUUGAACAAUGCUUUAUUUCUCCUGGUACUGUCAAGUCUGUCAGGCCUUCUGCUGCCUCCUUACAUACCCAGAAAAAAAGCAACAAACACUAAGUGCCUGGCAUAUGAAGGAGACUUUCAGUAGCUUUCCUGAUUAUCUAAUGCCGCUUUUUUAUAUGAUUCUUUUGGGCAAUGUUUGUUUUUCUUACUUUUUUAAAGAAAUGUUGACACUUUGCAGCCUAAGUAAUUCUUUUAUAUGCAUAUACAUAUAUAUAUAUAUAUAUAUUAUUGGAAUUGCAGCCUAGAGUCAGUUUAGCGUCAGUUUGCUUGAGCAGAGGAGUAGAACAGCCAAGAGGUUUUUUUUUAUAAAAUAAAAUAAAAUACACUGCUUGCAAUAAAGAGUCCCUCUCAAACAUAAAUUGCAA